AUGCCAGGCAAGACCAUGGAACUGCUUCGCCACCUCAUUGGCAUGCUCAGCGCCAGCUUUGAAAUUGCCUGCGCGCUCCUCUACUACGCCUAUGCGGCCAUCAUCUACGGCACCGGCGCUGCUGUUCUCGUCCUCGGUUGGUGCGCAAUCUGCGGACUUUCCCAGUCCAUCGCAGAGCGCGUGCCUGUCAAAAGGUGGAUCGACCGCCGCCUGCAGGAGGAGUUCCUGCGAAAAGUCAGGAACGCGGGCUUUCAGGAGCUCAACAUGAGAGCUAGGCUCAUCAACGCUGGAGAGGACGUCAAGAUGCGCAACUGGGACAAUGGUCGUAUCCUCGGCGAGAUCUGCGAUGCAGAGGACUUCAUUAUGGGAAAGGUCAGACAUUACACGCCCCAUGUCAGCGGGCACCGGUACGAUAUCCACCCAGUCAUACCUGGAAUGUUCAUUCCUCCACACCCGACCCCGACGGCCCCAUCCUCCUAUGCCAUUGUUCGUUGGUGGUUCUCCCAGGACCACGAGCUCCACCAACUAGAGUGCUCCAUCGCGGGCUUCUCGGUGCAGCUCGAAGAGAACAGGCGCAGGCUGGAGGUCCUGAGACGGGAGAAUGAGAGCCUGAGGCAGGAGCUUGGCCAGGCCCUAGAGAGGAAGCACAAGGUGCGGCACCGGCCGACUUUGCCCAACUACAAGCAGAUGUACCAGAACUUCGACGCGGCUCUCGAGACACUGCGGCACGGCCUUCCUCUGCACCACCUCCACAACGAGUGCAAAUGUGCGCACGAGGUUGCCCGCUCCUAUCCAGAGUGGCUUGUGCCUCCCCCAAAGCCACUGCGUUGGUGGGAGUGGGGCUUGCUGGCCCCGGGCCAGCCUCCCCCCCGGACGACAUCCCUAUCAGCCUUCGGCGACUUGUCUGCGCCUGCCAGGGCUCUGACCCACUCUCCCCAUAACACCGCCGUCUUUGCAGGGCGGGCCUCGAUCCCGGCGCUACCACUUCCGCCUCUCUUUGGCACACCGCCUCAUGUAGGCUCCAUAGCGAUGCCGGAACGCCUUUUACACUCCGCCGGCCCUCCUCACGCUGCCCUCACGACGCCUGCCACACCUCCGUCAUCGCCUAUCAAGAGCCUCUCCCUGGCUGACAGGCUUCGCGAUCCAACCGGCCUCCGGGCAAGGCCUCCUACACCCUCCCCCCCAGCGAGUCCUCGCCAUAGUCACUCUUGA